GCCACCACCAACGGCCGAAGAAGCAAGGAGAGCUCUCGAUGAGUCCAUAAGCCAAGCCUGGAGACUCGACGGCCAUCCGGACCAAAGCUUAGUACUUCAACUCCGGCAAGCCUUCCGGGAGAACAAUCCCUACCUGGUCACCAAGGAGUGGUACUUCAACAACCGGAAUGACCCGGAAGACCUGGCAGAUGAUGAAGAAGCCACGGAAACCGCUCGAAGGAUGAUGGCCAGAAGCUUAAACCAAAGAAACCAGGGCCGAGACUACUGGGAAGUAGACCUGAAGGAAGGACGGGUGAUUAGACAUCACACCCGGCGAAGAAAGGCCCCUUUCAAUCCUCGCAUCUGCGAAGAGAGUCCAGUUCCACUUGAGCACCUGGAGCACCGGAGAGAGACUACAAUGAGGUCCGCCAGAGCUCCCAUCCAGGUGAUAGAUGAUGAUUGGACCAAGAAGGAGCUCAAAUCACAAGAUGAAUGGUGGCGUGGGCAAACUACGUUCUGGAUGAAGAAGUCACCAGCCCUACAGGUCACUGGAAGUGGGGCAGCGGAAGUGCUGCCGCUCGAAGAGUUCAGAGAAGUUAGGGCCAUUCUCAAGGCCGAGGGGAAGGAGAACAGGGUCCUUCCGACCAAGAUUGCCCGAAGAUACAAGCCAGGACCAUCCAGCUUGAUGGCCUCAAAGCUGAAUCGACUGACCAUCGAGCAUAUCACCCAGCUGAACGCCGUGGUCAAAGACCUGAAGCAGCACUCAAAGCUGAGCUUGCGAAUCCAGCCGCUUGUCAAGAUGAAGCUCCGCGUGGUGACGGACGCCUCAUACGCCAACAACGGCUUUCAUUCUCAGGGGGGCCAUUUGGUGAUUGUACACGAAAGCUACCUCCGAGACGGAGUUCCACCGCCCACCAACAUUCGGGCUUGGCGAAGUGCCAAACUGCAAAGACUUACAUGGACCAUGCUGCUCAUGAAAGAACUCUCGGAUGGCAAAUUGAACAUCCAAGAUUGGCGAGAGCACUUGAACACGAAAAAGCUCAUGGUGAUCAGCUCGGAAGAUACGGAGGGUGGGCUCCGGGAAAGCCUGGCCGUGAUCGAUGCAAAGUCUUUGUACGAUCACUUGACCCGAGAGACAAUCGGGGGGUCGGACAAGAGGACAGCAAUAGAGAUCGAGAUCAUUCGUGAUGACCUCCGAAGACUACAAGGACAGGUGAAGUGGGUGGAGCACUUGGCGAUGAUCGCUGACGGUCUGACGAAGAUCAACGGCUCCAAUGCGGCCCUGAGGCAGGUGAUCCAAUCGGGAUCGUUUAGCAUCCGGCCGGUGGAGGGCGUAAUGACCCUGCGCGAGGCAGCCAAGAAGACAGGCCACUCCA